AUGACCUCUGAUGCAGAGUUUCUCACAAAAAAGUUUGGCAAACAAGAUGAAGAAGUUCUUGCAGAAUGGUCUUCAAUUAGGCAGACAUUUAAUCUGACUUCAGAGACUCUUUUAGCAAAGUGGGAAGCCCACGAUAUGUCCAUGGGCAACAACUCAAAUACACUUUCUCACGCGUCACUCCAAGACUUGCAAAAAUCUCUGCAACGGGCAUUGGAACGAUCUGUAGGGAACAGUGGAUCUGGAUCAGCAGCUUCUACUCCGGUACCGAAACAAAGAAUAACUCCAAGAGUCACUCCAAGAUCACUCCAUAGCCCAGCUUCAGGUAUUUUGGGAUCACUACUACCCAUGAAACGAGCAGCACAGGAAUCGCCAACAAAACAAGUCAAGACACCAAGAGUAUCGUUUGGAUCACCUACUAAACUGGAAAGUCCACAUGCAAAACCUCCAUCCUCAGCUACUCCUCUGAAAUCUAGUAUUAAACAACCGGCUAUAUUUUCGCGAUCAGGAAAGGGUAAGGUCGUUGAGGUUUUGAACGACCACCUUGAUGAGAUUACAGAAUCUUCAAACCAGCCCGAUCUGCGGGUCAAUGUAGAUGUGAAAAAGUUCAACUACAAAACCAUGUACCAAAAGCUUUCUGAUAUUGCAGAGUACCUCGAUGAGCAAAUUGAAACCAUAACAGCUGCUGUGCAAGAAGCUCAUGACAUUGAACCAUCUGAGUUUGGCAACCCGGCUACUAUUUCUCAAACUGAGAUUGUAGUUGUGGGUCGUAUUCUUCCAGAAUCCCCGAUUGAUGAUAAGCUUUCGACAGUGCACUUGCAGGCCGGCCGUCGAGUGGGUGCCGGCUCGCGAGUGCCUUUAAGAUUCCCCGAACACCUCGAAUGUUUUUUUUAUCCUGGUCAGAUAGUUGCUGUACGCGGGUCGAAUGCAAGUGGAUCCUAUUUUGCAGUUACUGAAAUUCUCGACAUUCCGCUGCUACCGCCGGCGGCAUCUCCCAUGGAUGUACUGACAAAAUAUACACUCAACACUGCAUCGAACGGACUUAAAAUUAUGACCGUGGCAGGACCAUACACUUACCAAACAGACUUAGACUUUGCGCCGCUUGAAUAUCUAAUUUCGCUGAUUAACGACCACAUUAAGCCCUCAGCUGUGAUUCUUUUGGGGCCCUUUGUGGAUGUGUCUCACCCAAUGGUUGUCGAAGGUAACUUUACUGUUCGCAACCCACGCACAGGCCUCGCAGAUGAAUCAGCCACGCUUGAUGGGCUUUUCAAGUAUGCCAUUUCCGAACGCAUCAAGCGAAUCCAUUCAGACAUUUCUGUAAUCAUGAUUCCACAUGUUCGCGAUGCUGCAGCUAGCCAUGCUGCGUUCCCACAACCUCCACUGAGCCGCCGUGACUUGGGGUUGCCCAAAAACGUGCACUGCCUCCCCAACCCUGCCACCUUUUCUCUCAACGAAGUUGUGAUAUCAGCCUCGUCCCAGGAUGUAAUUUUCGACAUUGCAAGGACUUCAGUGCUUAUCAAUUCCAAAGAGUCCAAGAUUGGUGCAUCAAUGGGGGCUCUCUUGGGUCAACGGUCGUUGUAUCCGCUGUUCCCUGGAUGUACAGAAACCUCUAAAGUUGGUAGCAGCUUUGAAAUCACCACAGGAAGCAUGCUGGAUGUGCCAUAUAUGGGACUUGCGGAGUUUAACAAGGCCUUGCCUGACAUUGUGAUUUCGCCGUCACGUAUGAAGAGUAUGGCGCAGAUUACAAGCAACGUCAUCAUGGUAAAUCCUGGGUUUGCAUCUCGCCGUGAGAGUCCUGGCGAAUACGCCAUUUUUUCAAUUCAUCCUUAUGAGAGUGAGACCCAGCAAGUGGAUGAGGACUACGUUACGAAUGACGUCUACAAGCGUGCUCGGGUAGAGAUUGUAAAAGUAUAG